UGCGCCAAGUGCCGCUGUCCUGGGCUCUGCUAACAGGCCGCUAAACUGAGUUACAGGCCACGUUAUUAGUGGGUACAGCGUCUUUAUCCGUUCGAGUCCAGUUAUUCAUUUCUAUACAGUAUUGAAAGAUUCCUAAAGCAGGUCGAAUGACAAAAUGAUAGUCACUGUGAAGCCACUUCAGGGAAAAGAGUGUAGCCUACAGGUAACUGAGAAUGAGAAGGUAUCAACUGUAAAAGAGCUGGUCUCGGAUCGUUUGAACAUACCACCGAGUCAACAGCGGCUUCUUUACAAGGGGAAAUCUCUAGCAGACGAACACAGACUCAGCGACUAUUCCAUUGGACCGGAUGCUAAGAUAAACCUGGUGGUGCGGCCAGUAGGAGAGCAGGCUGGAGCAGCAGGGGGAGCCAGCAGCAACAGCAGCAGCAGUAGUAGUGUGGGGGUGUGGCAGGCUCUCUCAGCAGUGCUGGCCAGACAUUUUAGCCCCACAGAUGCAGCCAGGGUGCAGGAGCAGCUCAUUAAGGACUAUGAACGCUCGCUCCGGCAGCUCAGUCUGGAUGACAUCGAGCGCCUGGCUGACCGGCUGCUGCACCCUGACGCAGAGGGCAUGGACACCUCUUACAUGGACUAAAUCUCACUGAGGGAUACUGAUCUGGGGCUGUGACUGUCCACUUUAAGUUGUGAUGAACUGCCGAGAAUGGUUGGGAGGGGACAGUGCAGCAAAAAUGGACUUUGAAUUAUUAAUCACAAGAGAUGGGCAUAUAGUCUUAUCUGUACCAGCUUAAUGUAAAAAGAAUGUGCACAGAGGAGUAUGGUUUGCUCAGCUGCGAACACUGCAGAGCACCUCACUAUGCCCAGUGCAAGGGUUCUUGGUCUUGUACACUAUACAAGCUGUACCCUUCAACCCACAAUCCAGUGUUGCAAGAAUAUAUUACUACUGUUGAUCAAAGAUGACUCCCAGAUAGUCAGAAGACAGAGCUGGUCACAAUCUGAUAAGUAUGUCCCAUGAUCAGUUGAACUACAUCCAUGAAGUAUAAUUUAACUUAAUGUUUUAAAAAAAAAAAAAAAAAAAAGUUGAAGUAGGAAGAAGACAAAGGCAAGACGAAGACGAUAAAGCUGCAGUUCGCAUGUAAUGGCACAGGUUUAUGUGUUUUCUGGUGGCACAAGCUGUCCCUUUAUGUUUUGUAUUUGUUUAUAUACAUAAAAAAAAAUAGAGAACUGUCUCCUUUGAGAUUAAAGUGUUUGGAGGAUGA